AUGGAUGCUCAAAACAAGAUUGUUGUGUUAAUUGAUAUGGAUUGUUUUUAUUGUCAAGUAGAAGAGAAUCUUAACCCAGAAUUGAAAGGAAAACCCAUUGCUGUGGUGCAGUACAAUCCAUGGAAAGGCGGAGGCAUUAUAGCUGUUAAUUAUGUGGCAAAAGCCCAGGGUGUGACUAGACACAUGAGAGGAGAUGAAGCGAAGGAAAAAUGUCCUGAAAUACAAUUACCUUCUGUGCCUUGUCAGCGUGGAAAGGCUGAUAUUUCUAAAUAUAGAAAUGCUGGCAAGAAGGUUGCGGAAGUUCUCCAAAAGUUUACUCCUUUAAUGGAGCGGGCAUCAAUUGAUGAAGCAUAUUUAGAUAUAACUAUUCAGGUUGAAGAACGCCUUAAAAUUAUCAAUAGUGAAACAAUAAAUGCUGAAAUGAUGCCAAAUACAUUUAUUCUUGGUUACCAAAGUAUAAAUGAAUUUAUAUCAGAUAUUCAGAAUUAUGGACAGGAUUGCAUUGACUUUGACUAUGAACAUACUAAAAGGUUGCUAGUUGGAGCUGUUAUUGUUAGUGAGAUAAGAGCUACUGUAUUUCAGGAAACUGGUUAUCAGUGCUCAGCUGGUAUUUCACAUAAUAAAAUUCUUGCGAAACUGGUAUGUGGGAUGAAUAAGCCUAAUAAACAAACAGUUGUACCUAAACAUUCUGUUAAUAUACUCUACAAAACAUUACCUUUAAAAAAGGUGAAACACCUUGGAGGAAAGUUUGGAGAUUUAGUUAGCAAUACUCUAAAAAUUAAGGUAAUGGCUGAACUUCAGAGGUUCACAGAAAAGGAAUUGCAGUCCAAAUUUGACGACAGAAAUGGAACCUGGCUAUAUAACAUAGCUCGUGGUGUUGACACUGAACCAGUUCAAGCUAGAUUCAACCCUAAAAGUAUAGGGUGCUGCAAACAAUUUCGUGGAAAAUCAGCACUAACAAAUUUAGACAGUCUAAGAAAGUGGCUCAAAGAUCUAGGGGAUGAAAUCAAUGACAGGUUGGAAAAGGAUUCAUUAGAAAAUAAUAGGACUCCAAAACAAAUGGUUGUUAGUUUCUCGUCACAAAUGCAGGACGGCAGAGAUAUUAGCAGUUCUAGGUCAUAUAACUUUGCCGCAGAAGAUGAACUAUGUGGAGAUUUUUUCUCAAUAAAAGCUUUGGAAAUAGUUCUUGAUUGUACAAGAACUAUGAACUCUUCAGAUGAGGAAAUUAAUCCAAAAUUAAAGGCUCCUAUAAAAUUUUUGGGCAUCAGUUUGGGAAAGUUUGAAGACCAUGACAGUAAAAAAACAAAGAAUAUAAAAGACUACUUUAGCAUCAACCACUCUAAAGGUCACUGUAGUUCAAUGGAAAUGUUAGAACCUAAACUCAAUGCAGAAAGCUUUGACCAGAAUGAUAAAACAAAAGAUAGAAUAGGCAGGCCACAUCAAGACGUGAGCAAGAGUGACAAUAAUGCUGUAGAAAAAAGAGAUAGUGGUAUUCAAAGUAGUUUUACUUUGGAUAAGCAGGAAUCAUUUUUUGCUAAAUUUCUACAGAAAGAUGAAGAUAAAGAAAUUGCAGACUUAAGAACACCUGCAUGCACUAUAGUAACAUGUGGUGAUGAAAGCAACGAUACCAACUAUUCUGGUUCUACUAUUGAUGAAGAAAUUAAUAAAAGUAUAGCAUUGUUUGAGGAAGACCGUGAAGAAGUAGACAGAAUCAGUAGUAUUAGGAAUCUCCUUCAGAUGUCUAAAGACAACUUUGAAGGAACUGAGCAAAAUCAAGCAGAGGUAUUAAGCAAAAGUAAAAUAGAUGAAAAUGCAAUGAAAGUUAAAUGCUCAGAUUGUGGUAAAUUGAUACCUGAAAGUAUGACUGUCAUACAUGCUGAUUAUCAUCUUGCCCUAAGUAUACGAAAUGAAGAAAGACAGCAACUGCAUAAAGAAAAGAAGAAUAAUAUUGAUUUGGCUGAUAAAAGCAAAACAAUCCAGAAUGAAAAAAAGGAAAGUAAAACAAACAAUUCAAUCAAAAGUUUUCUCGUGAAACUUAAUGACACUGUUCCAAGUGAAAUGUGUUCAGAAUGUGGAAAAAGAGUGCAAUUGGACAGUUACCUAGAACAUUUAGACUUUCAUGAAGCGCAAAGAUUAAAUAAAGAGUUAAACAGACCCACGCAAACAAAUAAUAGUGGUGCAAAGAGGAAAAGAAAUUCAGAUUCAUCAGAAAAGAAACCUAAAGUAAUGUGUAAAACAAUAGAUUUGUUUUUUAGAUAG